AGGUUCUAGUUUUUUCUCAAAGCCUUGUUUGUGUUCUCUCUCAAUCCUCCGACUCUGUCUCCACCCACUACUCUCUCACUAACUAACCGAGUCAUCAUGGGAAAGAACAACAACAACAACAAAGAGAACAAAGGAGAUGGCGGCGGCGAGAAGAAAACAGCGUCAGUCACCGUCGUUUUGAAGAUCGAUAUGCAUUGCGAAGGCUGCGCUUCCAAGAUCGUUAAAUGCGUUCGUACUUUCCAAGGCGUUGAGACUGUGAAGUCGGAAUCAGAAAGUGGAAAGUUAACGGUGACCGGAGAUGUGGAUCCGGCGAAGCUCCGGGAGAAACUUGAAGAGAAGACGAAGAAGAAAGUCGACUUGGUUUCUCCUCAGCCCAAGAAGGAGAAAGAAAAAGAGAAAGACAGCAACAAGGACAAAACAAAAAACGAUGAAGACAAGAACAAAGAAAAGAAACCCAAAGAGGCUCCGGUGACAACGGCGGUGUUGAAGGUGGACUUCCAUUGUCAAGGCUGUAUCGGGAAGAUCCAAAAGACCGUCACUAGAACCAAAGGUGUGAAUGGGCUGACGAUGGAUAAAGAGAAGCAGUUACUGACGGUGAAAGGAACAAUGGAUGUGAAGAAGCUCGCCGACACUUUGUCUGAGAAGCUGAAGCGUAAGGUGGAGAUUGUGCCGCCGGCGAAGAAAGAUAAAGAGAAUGGUAAGGGGAAAGAGAACGAGUCUGGGGACAAGAAGAAAGGAGGAGACGGCGGAGGAAAGGAUAACAAUGGUGGUAACAAAGGCGGCGAGGGGGUGAAUGCGAUGGAGUACGUGGCGCCUUCUUACGGGGCAGCGUACUAUCCGGGUGGGCCGUAUGGAUACCCGAUUCAAGCCCACGCGCCUCAGAUGUUCAGCGAUGAGAACGUGAAUGCUUGCGUCGUUAUGUGAGGCGGCGGAAGAAAAAUAUUGGAGGAUGGUAGAAGUUGUAAAUAUUCUAUAAUUUGGGGUAUUCCGGGAAAUACUAGUUUUUAUUUUGUAGUUUUUAUUACCAUUUCAGUUUUGAAUUUCUCCUUUUUGUUUAUGUUCGUUUCUAAUUUUAAGUUAAAACAUGCAAAUAUUUCCUAAGUUUAA